GUGUGUAUACCCUGUUUGGCCCUUUUUACCACCGCUACAGUGCAUGAACAGUGCGAACAGAACAGGAGGGAACAGAUUAUACUGUUCCACAGGAGAGGAUUCUGCUCCAACCCGUGCCAUCCCCUCUUCCAAUUUAUAACCCCAAGAAUUUUUUUUUUUGUUCAAGUAAACCAGCCUUUCUGCCUCGCCUCCAUCUGCCGAUGCUGAAGCUCUUUCCAUGGCGUGGUCCAAUUCAACAAACCCUAACCCUAAUUAUAGUCCCAAACAUCUCCUUUCAUCUACAUCCACUACCACCACUUCUAUAUAUCUCCCGUUUUCUAAGCGUAUCUCAUUCUCAAUCUGACGACACCUACGACCCUCCAUUUUCUCCUACUUCCAAUACCCUCAAAUCCAAGAAGACGACCGAGCUUCCAAUAAAAAAUAAAAAAUCCAAGAAGAAGACUCAGGAUUCAUUGGAUUCCCGGAAAGACCAGAAUUUUCCAGGAAAAUCGGAUCUACCUUUUGAUUUCAGGUACUCAUACUCUGAAACCAAUCCUUCUGUAGAGCCCAUCGGGUUCCGUGAACAGCCCAGGUUCUCUCCCUUUGGACCGGGACGCCUCGACCGGAAAUGGACGGGGACUUCUGCUCCGGCCCAACAAUCCAUUGAUUUAGCCAAGGUAGCAGAAUACCGAAAUGCUGUUCUGGGUGAACCGCUCUCCGAGGAAGAAAUUGCUCAGCUUGUAGAACGUUACCGGCACAGCGAUUGCUCUAGACAAAUGAAUUUGGGGAAGGGGGGAGUAACUCACAACAUGCUGGAAGACAUCCACAACUACUGGAAGAGAGCUGAAGCUGUGAGGAUCAAAUGCUUGGGAGUGCCAACUAUCGACAUGGAUAAUGUUUGCUUCCAUCUUGAGGACAAAUCCGGUGGGAAAAUUAUCUACCGCCAGAUUAAUAUCCUUCUUCUGUAUCGGGGUCGACACUAUGAUCCCAAUAACAGACCAGUCAUUCCUCUUAUGCUGUGGAAGCCAUAUGCACCGAUAUAUCCAAAGCUUGUGAAGAAUGUCGCUGAUGGCCUAACAUUUGAAGAAACAAAGGAAAUGAGAAAUAGAGGACUUAACUCUCGUCCUCUGAUGAAACUCACCCGGAAUGGUGUGUACGUUAAUGCAGUGGAGAGAAUAAGGGAGGCGUUUAAGACGGAAGAUGUUGUGAGAUUAGACUGCACUCAUGUGGGAACCAAUGACUGCAAAAAGAUAGGUGUGAAGCUAAAGGAUUUGGUACCUUGUGUUCCCAUAUUGUUCAAGGAUGAACAGAUAAUUCUCUGGAGGGGAAACAAAGAUCAGGAACAGGACUCCAGCUCAUUGAUGGAACUUACAAGACCACAGUUGCUCUAAUGAGGUCUUUGGAUACUUGGAUUUAGAAUUGGUGAGACGGAUUAACUCUCAUAUUUUGCAUAAUUCCGAUCUUGCAGCAGGAAAUUUGUCUCAAGUUAAUAGUCACAGGUGGCCAAGAGAAUUCCAGACUAAAUAGCCUACCUGGUUAGAUGCUGAGGCCUUCUUGGUUCUGUGGCUGAUUUACGGUUCUGUGGCUGACUGAUUUAAACACGGCUGCCACAUAGACGUCGGUGCACUGGAGUGUGUCUAUUGCCAACUUUGAACUCUUGGUGUUGCGUCUCGCACUGUAUACUUGAUGCAAAGUUGACAUUCAGUAUUUUCUUGUUAUCAUCUCAAUGCAGAAUUUAUUUUGAAUUGAGCAAGUAGAUGUAAUCAAACUCUGCCUUGUAAGUCUUAUAAUAUAUGAAAUAUAAAUCAGUUACUUUUUAUUUA